AUGGGUUCGGCGCUUACGUUCUCCCAGAUGCUCUUCAUCUCGCUACAGUCCCUACCGUCUUUCCUUCUCUUCUCCCGUUCUUCCACUCUUCCUCGGCUAAAGCCCCGACAAGUUCCCUUACGACAAUGGGCCAUGCAGGUCCUCGUUUUGACAGCUGGUUCCCUGCUGAAUAACUGGGCCUUUGCAUACAAAGUCCCUCUCACGAUCCUCAUCGUAUUCCGUUCCGCAGGCAAGAAUUUACGCUUUAUUCCCGAUCUACACUAUGAUAACAUGAACCCAGGCCUUCCUGUCUCCAUGAUGUUUGGAUAUCUAUUCCUGAAGAGGCGUUAUAGCAUGAGGCAAUUUCUUGCUGUUAUUAUCGUGACUUCUGGUGUCAUCUUGGCCACGCUAUCCAGGACAGCUCCGUCACAUAACGCCAAGGCCCCGAAGCCAAUGUCAGCGGAAGAGUCGAGGAAAUACUUCAUCGGAAUAGGCAUGAUGACCGUGUCGCUAUUCUGUACUGGCCUGCUUGGCCUCAUGCAAGAACGAACGUACAAGAAGUAUGGACCCUGUUGGAAGGAGGGGGUUUUCUAUACGCACUUCCUUUCUCUCCCAGUAUUUCUCUUCCUCGGCAAGGACAUUAAGCAGGGACUGACAGGCCUAGCCAACAUGUCAACGACUUCUCCAACCAAAUCAUUCGCGAUCCUACUAGGAAACCUUUUUACGCAGCUAAUCUGCGUCUCGGGCGUGAACCGACUAUCCUCGCAAGUUUCAUCUGUGUCGACCAACAUUGCACUAACAGCCCGCAAAGCCAUCAGCCUAUGCUUCAGUGUAUGGUGGUUCGGGAACGAUUGGAACGGCCAGCUUGCAGCUGGCGCUUUCAUGGUGUUCUUCGGCAGUCUCCUCUAUGCAAUCUAG